AUGUCUUACGGCGGUGGCUACGGUGGCCGAGGCGGUGGAGGCUACGAUAAGUACGGUUCCAGCGGUGGUCGCGACGGUGGCUAUGGUGGCAGCAACGGCUACUCCAACGGUCACGGCGGCGGUGGCCACGGUGGUGGUUACGGCGGUGGUGGCUAUGGCGGCGGCGGCGGUGGCGGCGGCGGCGACAGAAUGUCCAACCUGGGAGCGGGCCUGCAGAAGCAGAACUGGGACCUCGGUACUAUGCCCAAGUUCGAGAAGUCCUUCUACAAGGAAGACGACGCCGUUGCUGCACGCUCGGAUCAAGAGGUUGAACGAUUCCGACGAGACCACCAGAUGACCACCCACGGCCGGGACAUCCCGAAGCCUGUCGAGACCUUUGACGAGGCCGGAUUCCCUCGCUAUGUCAUGGAUGAGGUGAAGGCGCAAGGCUUCCCUGCCCCCACUGCCAUCCAGUCCCAAGGCUGGCCCAUGGCGCUCUCUGGACGCGAUGUUGUCGGUAUUGCCGAGACGGGUUCCGGCAAGACACUUACUUACUGUCUUCCCGCCAUCGUCCACAUCAAUGCCCAGCCUCUGUUGGCCCCUGGCGAUGGCCCCAUUGUCCUGGUCCUGGCUCCUACUCGUGAGCUGGCUGUCCAGAUCCAGCAGGAGAUCACCAAGUUCGGCCGUUCAUCCCGCAUCCGAAACACUUGUGUCUACGGAGGUGUUCCCCGUGGUCCCCAGAUUCGCGACCUUUCUAAGGGUGUCGAGGUCUGCAUCGCGACCCCAGGUCGACUGAUUGACAUGGUUGAGAGCGGCAAGACCAACUUGCGCCGUGUGACCUACCUCGUUCUCGACGAAGCUGACCGCAUGCUUGACAUGGGUUUCGAGCCCCAGAUCCGCAAGAUCAUCAGCCAGAUCCGACCCGACCGUCAGACUCUCAUGUGGUCCGCUACGUGGCCGAAGGAAGUCCGCGCUCUGGCUUCCGACUUCUUGACCGAUUUCAUCCAGGUCAACAUUGGUUCUCUGGAUCUCUCCGCCAACCACCGCAUCACCCAGAUUGUCGAGGUUGUCAACGAGAGUGAGAAGCGUGACAAGAUGAUCAAGCAUUUGGAGAAGAUCAUGGAGGACAAAGCUAACAAGUGUCUCAUUUUCGUCGGCACCAAGCGAGUCGCUGACGAUAUCACCCGAUUCCUCCGUCAGGACGGCUGGCCGGCACUCUCCAUCCACGGAGACAAGCAACAGAACGAACGUGACUGGGUCCUCGACCAGUUCAAGACCAACAAGAGUCCCAUCAUGGUCGCCACCGAUGUGGCCUCGCGUGGUAUUGACGUUCGUAACAUCACUCACGUGUUGAACUAUGACUACCCGAACAACUCGGAGGAUUACAUCCACCGUAUUGGUCGAACUGGUCGUGCUGGCGCGAAUGGCACAGCCAUCACGCUCUUCACUACUGACAACUCUAAGCAGGCUCGUGAUUUGGUUGGCGUCCUUCAAGAGGCUAAGCAGCAGAUUGACCCCAAACUGCACGAGAUGACUAGAUAUGGUGGUGGUGGCGGUGGCAGAUUCGGUGGCCGGGGCUGGGGCCGCGGCGGUGGUCACAGAGGUGGUCGCGGUGGUCAAGACGGCGGUGGUGCCAACGCAAUGCCCCUCGGUAGGGGACGCUGGUAA